AACACGUAGUGCAAUACUGUUUACCCGGUUUGCUUCAAUAAAAUUUCGCCAACAGAUUGAUUGAAUAUCCCCCGAAAACGUUCCUUCAGCGAACCAAAUGCAUGUGAUAACCGAGCAGUCAUUCCCCGUUCAAUCAAGUGUGAACAUAAGACAUGCCCAACUUGUUUCAAUUAUUAAAAACCCGUUGUCAUCGGUAAUGACUAUUGCAACGACCUGCAAACUCCCUCACGUCAAUUUAAAAUUAAAAAUACUAUUGCAAGGAGUGUAAAAAUAAAGGAAAUAGGAACGGGUAAAUGCCAAUAAGAUCGAGACACAGUGGAUCGAGAGGUGUUUCUGUGGACAUUGAAACCCCGUGGGCAGCUCAAGGACUCACCUCUGCUGUUACCAAUCUCGCCAAUAUGGCAAGGUUUCAACAACGUCAAUUGAUGGAGAAGGAGCAGAAAUUACUUCAACUUUAUGAUCAGCAACAGCAGAGAGCUCAUCAGGUCGCUCAACGUGGUAGUGCUGGAUCGAAUACCUCCAAGGGAUCGGGUUCCGGCACUACUACUCAAUCUGUAACCAGAACCACAACCACAAGUCAUUCUACGUCUAAUUCGCAAGGUGGAAAGGUAAGACAAAUGUUCGACGAGAGACGACAGACAACAGUGAAGGGGAUCGAUAGAAGUUAUCCCCUCGAGCCCCUGGAAAAUAAACCACGAAAAACCACUGGUCCAGCAACCCAGAAAAACGGCAAUACAGUAUCCAGUAGACACUCGGUCACUGUUAAACGUACGAUACGUGCCGAUGCCAAUGGCAAUGUCAAUAAUGGAAAGCCUGUGAUCAAUUAUCAUGAGGAAGUGACGCGGGAGACAUUCGGCCCAAAACUCGUGCAUCAACAGGACGAUCUCGACGAGUUUUACAACGAAAAUGACUUGGCCGAAUGGAAUGGCAGCAAUCAAGAGCCGAAUAUCUACGGAAUCAGUGGAAACGAUCGAGGAAGAGCAGUUGAACGGACCAAAUAUGGAAGCACAAAGAAGGAAACGUCACUCAAACAGAAAAGUGAAACGAUAUCUCCUGGUGCAGCUCCAAGGAAGCAGGAAUCGAGGACCUACCGAAAUAUGAUAAAAAUUGAACUUGGGAGGACGUCGCCGGAAUGGACGAGAACAUCUCGAGAGUCUCUCCGGGGAAUGAGUAAAAGUCCAGAACGAAAUGUUGAAUCGGGCACCAGAAGCCCCGUGCAAAUGCAAAAACCCAUUUCCAAUGGAAACUAUAAAAUCGAUGAGAAUAAAAGAAAUAUAUCCGGUUCUUCUGUGCGGAGGAGCAGAAACCGUAGUGCGGAAGGAAUUUUUAACAAAUCACGAAGUGGGAGAGGCUCGAAAACUUCCCCUCGAGAGGACACUCCUAGUCCUCGGGAGAAAUCUAAAAUUACUGAGGUCAAAGGGGAUAGUGUACCACGAAAAGCGAGUUCACUGGCUUUCGAGUCGUCGGAGAAUGUUAAAGAGGCUGGGGGCUCCCCUCGAGUGCAAAGUCCGAUUUUUCGGGAGAGGGUUAAAGUUGAUGAGGUUAGAUGUGAGAAAACGGAGAGAAGCAGAAGCCCGCAGUCCUUUCUUGAGAAAUUAGACAUCAGGAGAAGCAGAAGUCCCUCAUCUGAGCUGAACGAAUCCAGAAGUUUCAUCUCGUUAAAGCGAUUGGAUAAGCCUGCAUCGUCAAGUCCUGAUUUGGAAGAUGAUGUUCGUUAUUAUCCUAGACGAAAAUCUGAAUUUGAAAAAUCGAGGAUCUUCCGGAAGCUGCAGGAGGAGCUAGAUCGAGACUCUCCGGAAGAUUACGAAAAAUCUCCAAACGAUGAUAACACGAGCUACAGAAAAGAUAAAAGUCCAAGCCCCCCAAAAUACAACGCAUCAUUCUUCAGGAUCAAAGAGUAUCCUCGAAGAACUUCUGAAUUCGAGAAGUCAGAUACGUUCAUCAAACUGCGAAGUACUUUGAAUGAGGAUGAAAAGAGAGCGCGGAGAAGUAGUCGCGGAAGAAGUGCAACUCCUCCGGUGAUCGUUAAAUCUUCCUACGAGAAAAUUAAAGAGUACCCGUCAAAACGGAGAAACUCUAAAACAACUUUCCAUAAACUGCAGGAGGAUCUUGACAGGAGCUCACCGGAAUGCAAACCACCAACUUCGUCCAACAUUUACGAUGACUUCCCAAAGAAAUCAGAAUUGGAAAAAUCGAGAAUUUUCAAGAAACUGCAGAUGGAACUAUCGAGCUCACCCGAACCCAUCAUCGAAACGCAUAAACAUCAUUCUCCCACGAGAAUUUCUCUGAAGAAUAACGAAGUCCAGAUAUCAAGCAAUUUGACAAAGCCUCGACCAGUCUUCGAGAAGUUGAAAUCAGUGGAACUUCUGAAAGAUCAUUUACUUCUUAAUGAGAAGAAAAAUGAGUCAAAUCUCAAGUUCACCCUGGAAGAUAUCGAUAAAGAAGUAUCUCCAAAAAAAUCCCGAGGAGAGACUCCUCAUAAAGUCAUCAAGAAAGACAAGCCUCGCGCCCCCUCUCCCAAGACCGAAAGAGUGGAACAUAUUCAGAUCUCUAAAAAGUCAAAGAACGCUCGUUCACUGUCUCCCGAGGACGACUCAAAAGUUUCCAAGAAAAAAUCAUUUUCUGCUGCCUUAAUCCACGAAUGCUCGCCAAUAACAUCUCAGACUUCGAAUGAGAUGGAGAAACACGAGAAUACGUACGAACGCACGGACUCUGUGGAAUCCGCCCUCCGCACCUUCAACUCGAUCGAUAACGUGACAGCCGACGAAAUUGCAACAGGACCAAGAAAAGCAAGUUCAGAUUCGAGGAGAUCAAGCCUUCACGCCGCGACGGCCUCUUGGACGAUGAAAACGAGAUCAGCUAAUCAGCAUAUUCAUGAGAAUGUCUCGACCCCUUCCAAAACUGCAAAACUCCAAGGGAAAACGAAAUCAAAAAGUUUGAAGGCGUCUAAAGCAUCGAAAGUUGUUAAAGAACUUCGACGAUCUUCAUCUCCAUCUUCAUCAUGUAGAAAACGACUUUUCACCGAUUCUGAAUCAGAUGUGGCAUCAGAGGGUACCAAGAGCAGCGGAAAGACCAUUACAAUUGAAACUUUUGAAAAAACCACGAGGAUGUCUUCACCACCGACAGCUGCUGUCCAACCGCUCAAGAUUUUGAGAUCCAUCGAGGACAUUCGUAAUUCGAUGACUCGGGACAAUGUCAGGGGAACUACAGCCAAUGAAUCAACUAGUUCAAUAACUCCGAAAGUUACGAUUAGAAUUAUUUCUCCGACCACAGCUCGACGUACUGGGUAUAUUAAUCAGUUCGUUGAGUUCGGAGUCUCUAAAUCCAGGGUUUCCUCAGAGAUAAACGUCAAACCUGCUCGUAGGAUUGAGAAGACUCAGAGUCCAGAUGAUCCGAGGAGGAUUACCUCUAAUGAGACGAAAAGUGUCAGUCGAAACAAUUCGGACAUUACUUUAAGGCCGACGUCUAGAGACUCCAAUCGAGGCAAGCAAUACGAAAAUACCCAGUCUGUUGACGUUGUUGACUACUACGAUGAUCAGACGAGACAAAGUCCUAGUGAGAAUACAACUGUUAGAAAAAGUUCUGCAUUUGUGGUGGAAUUGGAAGGGGAGCCGCGUUCCAAACCGAUUUUUGGUGGGAAGAAGUCACCGAAUGAUCGACAAUCACCUGAAAAAGUAACAUCUCAGUCGAGGCAAAAAGUAUCGAGUGCUCGGCCAGCUUCAGCAGUAUCGACGAACUCGAGUUCCAGUUCGACUCAAGGGGCUAAUUCUCCUGCCUCUAAAAGCAGAAUGGCUACGAAAACACGAGGAGCAGCUUCCGGUAACCGUACACCGAGUGCUAAAUCCAACAUCCCAGCUUCCAAUACUGAUUCUGGAUUGCCCGGAUGCAAAAUUUGUGGGAGGAAAUUUGCGCCAGACCGUCUGUCUCUUCAUGAACAAAUCUGCGCGAAGACGACGCAAAAGAAGAGGAAAACGUUUGAUCCGGUUGUGCAGAGGGUCAAGGGGACUGAGUUGGAACCUUUCGUUAAAAAAUUGGGGAAGAAGGGGAGUGAUAAAAAGGCCAAAAAACCUGAAGUCAAAUCGAAUUGGCGUCGUAAACACGAGGACUUCAUAAAUGCAAUAAGAUCCGCGAAGCAGAUGCAAGCGCACUUGGCAGCAGGUGGUAAACUAAGUGACUUGCCACCCCCACCUGCAAGUGAUACCAGCGAUUACAUCCAGUGUCCAUACUGCGGUAGAAAAUUUAAUCAAGGUGCUGCUGAACGUCACAUACCGAAGUGUGAACACAUGCUGCACAAUAAACCGAACCCACGUGCCCCACCCAAACCCAGGCGUUAACAGUUUCACAGGAAACAAAAGUAAUGAAAAAUGUUUCCGAUGAAGAGACAAAUUAAUGAGCACUAAUAGAUUCUCCUCAUAAUUUUCGCUGAUUUUUGUUAUAACCCUUGCCGAAUAACUUGAUAAAGAUAUGCUGAUGUCGAGAGAAAUUUUUUUGCUGAUGAUGAGAGAAAUUUCAAUGGAUAUUCCAGGGCGCUGAUGUACUAAUGUAAAUAAAAAUGGGAACAAUAAAAUUAAUAUCGAAAAUUCUACAGAA